AUGGUGCCCCGUCCCACUGGCCUGUCUGUCCCUCUGUUGUGUCCAUUUAUAACAUCCAGACACAGUGCAGAGGUUAUCCUGAGGUGCCAGCAAGCACAAGGUGACAGGGUGCAGAGGAACAAAAGGGUGAAGACCAGAGAGAAGUCUGCGGGCCGUCAUGAGCAUUGUGACAAGUGUUACAACCUCCACUGUCAAGCCCCCGUGCAGAUUUCUCUUUCAUGCAUGAUCAUCAAGUGUCAUAAAAACUGUGGGGCCUCCUUCCACAUGUGCAAGCAAGAGGAACACCAGCUACUCUGUCCCAACGAGACGGUCCCCUGCCUAAACGUUUUCUACGGCUGUCCCCUCACCAUGCUGCGCCACAGGCAGGCCAAACACCUGGAGGUGUGUUCUGCCAGCGUGGUCUGCUGCUCGCAGGAGUGGAACCGCUGGCCCGUUUCGGAUACCAAUCUGACCUUCUACAAAAAUGUUUCCAAAAGCCUUCAAACGGAGGUGAACCUUGAUGCCGCUCUGGCUCUCAGGGACCAAGAGCUGCUGUUUCGAUCCAUCAAAAUGAAGAAUAUUUUCCCUGAGUUGAUGGUGCAAGAUAUUUCUGAUGGGGUCGACAGUCCUGUAAAAGAAGAGUCAUCCUGUUCUCUAGUUUGUUGUGAAUUUACAUCAAACGGCCGCUCACCGAUGGAGGAAAGAGAACCGAGUCAAGAGGAGAGGGAUGCUUUGGCAACGAACAGGAAUGUAGAAAAUAUUCAGAACUACAACACCUGGGAGAAAAUAUUCAAAAAGGAUAUGGAGGGUUGCAAGCAAACUGUCAACAACCUAAACAACAGGGAGGGGAGGGGAAAAGAAAAUGAAAAGGAAGAAUCAUCAAACUGUCAGAGAGAGACAGCAGACUCACAUGUGAGCCAAGAGAAAUCGACUCCAAGCAUGGAUGGUGCAACUGGCCUAGCUCCAUGGCAAGACGGGGUCCUUCAGAGGUUAGGAAAGGAAGUCAACAUAGCUGAAUAUAACAUGUAUCUGGUUCACAAUGGGGCGAUGCUGAUUAACUUUGGCCAACUUGCUGCAUGCACCCCCAGAGAAAAGGAUUUUGUUUAUGGCAGUCUGGAGCCAAUCGAGGUUAAAACUGUCCGAACGUUUAACAUUCCUAAAAGCUAUCGAGCAAAACGCUGUCACUUGAAGGAUCCCGCACGCAAGGCCAAGACGACUCAACAAAGUGUUGACACCGCAGACCUUGGCUGUUCGCUCGAUGAUCUUCCAAAGUGCGACGAGGUUAGCACCACACUCCUGUGCUCCCUCGAAAAGGAACUGAAAGGACAUUUAAUCUCGGAGAGCUCGUCCGUCGAUGCUCUGUAUGUCGAUGUGGGAACACAGACUUACAACUUUGCCUCUGCUCCCUUCAAACAAGAUGCCUCACUCGCUGAUGUCAUCGCAGAAAAGCCUCCCGGUCUCUAUGUGCAUGUGGAAGCAGAAUCUGUCACCAGAAGACACAACAAAACAAGCUCAGCCUUCAGCUACAUGUGUGGCCACUUCUUCCGCCGCGAUGAAUUCCGCUCUCAUUUCAGGAAUGUGCACUCUGACAUACAGGCCUCUGUCAGCGGCUGGUUCCAACAACGCUGCCCCCUAGCAUACCUCGGCUGCACUUUCGCCCAGACCAGGUUUCACCCUUCAGGUCGCCCAGCAACAAUCAAAUUCUGUCAAGAUGUCAGCGCCUUUGUCCUCCGGCCUGAUGUCCCUUCAUGCCUCUGUGCACGGGAAACCUGCAGCCCUCUGAGAAAUGCUAAACAAAAUCCAGAUCCCCUGAGCAGCCUGCCCCUAGAGAUCCUGCAGCAUGUUGCUGCUUACCUCGACAGUUUCACAUUAGUUCAGCUGUCCAAGGUCUCCCUUCUGAUGAGAGAGGUGUGUGCCACAUUGUUGCAGGAGAGAGGGAUGGUCUCCCUCAAGUGGGAGAAAAAGACAUACUCCCACGGGGGAAGCUCCUGGAAAUGUCAAAAGAAGGUUUGGGAGUUCAGCUCUUUGUUUUCCCCUGUGGACAGAUGGAGCUUCAGAGACACUCCCUCCAUGUCAGAGCACCUGAAAAGCUGCUCCUUCUACCAGAGAGACGAGCGCUCUGAGCCGGUGGCUUUAGCCUGCCUGGGAGAGGUCAUGGACAAAUAUGAAGCAGUAAAGAAUAAAAGAUAAUGCUCAUGGUCUUUGUGGGCGGACCACAACACGAGCUAGGCCGUCUUUAG